UGGUUCGCAGAACGUGUCGAUCGUAUUAUCCUCCUAUUUGAUGCACAUAAAUUGGAUAUCUCCGAUGAAUUCAAACGUUGUAUCGAAGCACUCAGCGGAAAUGAAGAUAAGAUCCGCAUUGUUCUCAAUAAAUCCGACAUGGUCGAUCAUCAGCAAUUGAUGCGUGUAUACGGUGCCUUAAUGUGGUCUCUAGGAAAAGUUUUCAAGACUCCUGAAGUUUCACGAGUCUAUAUCGGAACCUUCUGGGAUCAUCCACUUCACUAUGAUAUCAACAGGUUAGUAUAG